CACAUACCUGAGUAUAAUGCCAGAAGGGUUUUUUAUAAUCUGUUCCUUGGUAUAAGUACGUGGGGUUUGGGUUUUGUUUUUUGGGGGGUUUUUGUUUGUUUGUUUAUCAUAGGAAGGUUUCUUUUUUACUGUGGGACACUUUUCCUCAAUUAUUUUCUUUCCUUUUGGUCUUAGAUUUUGGACUCUUCUAAUUGGAGUCAUGCAGUUAUGAUACAUGAAUUACAUAAAUCAGUUAUAAGGUGGUUUUAUGUAGUUGAAGCCAGUUAUGGUAGUAAAUCCGUUGACUGGUGCUACCUCAUUAUUUAAAAAUAUUAUCUGGGCCUAGUAGCCUGAAUUUGUAGUAUUUUGUUCUCAUAUAUUAUGUUUCAUUUAUUCCUUCUAUUCUGAUCACAUGUGCAGGACAUUUACCUUAUAUUUUCAUAGGGCUCUACUGACUUCAAAGUGCUUUUGCAUUCUUGAAGACCAGUUGGUAAUUGCCUCUUGUUUUCUAGAACAGCCUGAAGCCUGGAGUAACUCCUCCGGAAGGGUAGUGGGGCAGCAGUAGAGAAGGAAUCAGAUGGAUGGGCCUGCUCCUACCCAAGUUAGGAUGAGCCUGGAAGUCCAAUGCAGUUCAUACAGAGCUUCUCCAGAGGGUGUCUGAUGCUAUAGCAUCAUAUAUAAUACGAAUCGGAAGUAAAUAAAUACGGUACCUGAUGAUGGGAAGAUGUAUAGUGGUGUUUCUUUUUUUUUUUUUUUUAAGAUUUUAUUUAUUCAUUUGAGAUACAGAGAGAGAGAGAAAGCAUGAGCAGGGAGAGAGGCAGAGGCAGAGGGAGAAGCAGGCUCCUCGCUGAGCCAGAAGCCCAAUGCGGGGCUCGAUCCCAGGACCCUGGGAUCAUGACCUGAGCUGAAGGCAGACGCUUAACCAUCUGAGCCACCCAGGCGCCCCUAUAGUGGUGUUUCUUAAAAUAACCUAUUUUAUUUUGUAGUAUUGACAGACCUUUCGUAUGUAUUAUUUAAGAUAAACAGUCUAGCAGAUAAAAUGGUUAAUUCUGUAUUAUAUGAAUUUUACCUCAAUUUAAAAAAAGCAGAAUCCAGCAGGGUCAUCAGUUACUCAUCUUUAGGCAUAAAGGGAGAACGGUACAAAGAAGGAAUCUUAGGGCUUGUCAAAAAUGGAGUCUCAGGCUUGUCUGACAAAGAAAAAUGAUAGUUUGUCAUCUAGAGUUCUGGAUGCCAACUUGAAUUUAGUCAUCAUGAUAAUCAGUUGGCAUAAAAGGCCUUUAUGGAUUUUAGGCUGCAUUCCACCGAGAUGCAACAAACUGCUGAGUUCCAGAUGUCUAAUUACACACGUCCUUAACAAGGACAUGUUCAUAGGCACCGACGUUAUAAGAGGGAUUCAUUCUCUUAAGGUUUUCAGUCCUCAACUUGAUCUCAUAGCUUCUUCUAAAUCACUUUACUGUAAACUACAGAUGCAGUUCCAUUUCCUAGAACUAAUCACAGAAGACAGGGCUUCAACAAAUCUGAAACUUAAAACAAGGAUGGUAAUGUGGAACACAGCUGUCCACUCUGAAUUCAUGCACGAUCACGUUGAUUACGGCUUUCAAAGUUGUGAGAGUAAAUUCAAUUGGCGUGUCAUAAAGGAAAAGCGUGAUGCCUAUGUGAGCCGCCUGAAUACCAUCUAUCAAAAUAAUCUAACCAAGUCCCAUAUAGAAAUCAUCCAUGGCCACGCAGCGUUCACGUGUGAUCCCGAGCCCACAGUAGAGGUCAAUGGGAACAAAUACACUGCUCCUCACAUCCUGAUUGCCACAGGUGGUGUGCCCUCACGUCCUCAGGAGAGCCAGAUUCCCGGUGCCUGCCUAGGAAUAACCAGUGAUGGAUUUUUCCAGCUGGAAGAAUUGCCUGGCCGCAGUGUCAUUGUUGGUGCGGGCUACAUUGCUGUAGAGAUAGCUGGGAUUCUUUCCGCUCUGGGCUCAAAGACAUCACUAAUGAUACGGCAUGAUAAGGUACUUAGAAAUUUUGAUUCAAUUAUCAGUUCAAACUGCACUGAAGAGCUGGAGAAUUCUGGCAUAGAGGUCCUGAAGUACUCACAGGUCAAGGAAGUUAAAAAGACUUCCUCAGGCUUGGAAGUGUGCAUGAUUACUUCAGUUCCUGGUAGGAAACCCACCUUGACCACAAUUCCAGAUGUUGACUGCCUCCUAUGGGCCAUUGGGCGGGACCCAAACUCCAGUGGCCUGAAUUUGAACAAAGUGGGGAUUCAAACUGAUGACAAAGGUCAUAUCAUAGUAGAUGAAUUCCAGAAUACCAGCAUAAAAGGCAUCUAUGCAGUUGGGGACGUGUGUGGAAAAGCUCUUCUUACUCCAGUUGCCAUAGCUGCUGGCCGAAAACUUGCCCAUAGACUUUUUGAAUGCAAAGAAGAUUCCAAAUUAGACUAUGACAACAUCCCCACGGUCGUCUUCAGCCACCCCCCGAUUGGGACAGUGGGACUCACGGAAGAUGAGGCCAUUUAUAAAUAUGGAAAAGAAAAUGUGAAGACCUAUUCAACCACCUUUACCCCGAUGUAUCACGCCGUUACCAAAAGGAAAACAAAAUGUGUGAUGAAAAUGGUUUGUGCCACCGCAGAGGAAAAGGUGGUUGGGAUCCAUAUGCAAGGAAUCGGGUGUGAUGAAAUGCUGCAGGGUUUUGCUGUUGCAGUUAAAAUGGGAGCAACAAAAGCUGACUUUGACAACACGGUUGCUAUUCACCCUACCUCUUCAGAAGAACUGGUCACGCUUCGUUGAAAACCCAGAGACUUGUAUGGUGGGCAGCUGGACCAGGAGACCCAAAAAGAACCAAAUUACCAUGUUUACUUACCACCGUUCCCAUUUUAUGUAUUUCUUUAUUGUAAUCAGGAAAUUCUGAUAGUGGAAAUUUUCAGUGUGUAGUAGGACUUAUGUAAUUAGAAAGUUGUUUUGUCAUCCACGGUUAAUUUUCAUUUGAUUGCACCUCACAGUAAUCAAUAUUUUAAAGUUUGGGUUUUUUUUUUAAUUUUUUAUUGACAGCUCUGUGCUAGCUGGUUUUUUGUUUUGUUCUGUUUUGUUUUUGUUUGAGCUUCCUUCCAGCUAAAAAACUAUAUGAAGUACAGUUAAUUAAGGUGUUUGAAUGACUAUCGCUUGCUGAUUUUUAUAGAUGAAGAUGACAGCAGGUCUGCAUAUUGCAAAGCUACUUCAACAAUGUGACCUUUCUCCAAAAGCGUGUGACAGGAGAGACCGCUUUCCUACUCUGUUUCUUUUGCUUUAAAUGAUUAAAGAUCAUGUUCCUUUUAUGAGGUGCAGUACAUCAAACUUGGGAAAGAUUUACAUGAGUGAGGGACAUUUUGGCAGUGAUUUCUGCUUUCAGAAGGAGAGGAAUUAAAAGUCUCUUCCUCGGGCGCCUGGGUGGCUCAGUUGGUUAAGCGACUGCCUUCGGCUCAGGUCAUGAUCCUGGAGUCCUGGGAUCGAGUCCCGCAUCGGGCUCCCUGCUCGGCGGGGAGCCUGCUUCUGCCUCUGACCCUCCCCCCUCUCAUGUGCUCUCUCUCAUUCUCUCUCUCUCAAAUAAAUAAAUAAAAUCUUUAAAAAAAAAAAAAAGUCUCUUCCUCUGCUGAGAAUUCAUAGUUCAAUGAAUGAUUUCAAGUUUUUUUAUGUGCUCUUGUCAUUUUUUUUUCCUGAAAACUAUGUCCAAAAAUCUGAAAAUAAAAUCCUAGCCUUGGGGC